GAAAUGCGACUGAAGAUUUCACUUUUAAAGGAACCAAAACAUAAAGAAUUAGUGAGCUGUGUGGGAUGGACUACAGCUGACGAGCUAUAUUCCUGCAGUGAUGAUCACCAAAUAAUGAAAUGGAACCUUUUAACCCGUGAGACUACUCGGUUAGUGAAACUUCCGGAUGACAUUUAUCCCAUAGAUCUUCACUGGUUUCCCAGAAGCAUAGGUGGGAAGAAGCAGUCCCAUGCUGAGAGCUUUGUUCUAACAAGCUCUGAUGGGAAGUUCCACUUGAUUUCCAAGUUAGGAAGAAUAGAGAAGAGCAUAGACGCACACUGUGGAGCUGUACUUGCAGGAAGAUGGAAUUACGAAGGAACAGCACUGGUUACAGUUGGUGAAGAUGGCCAAGUGAAAAUCUGGUCUAAAAGUGGAAUGCUGAGAUCCACUUUAGCUCAGCAAGGAAGACCAGUGUAUUCAGUAGCCUGGGGACCUGAUUCUGGAAAAAUUCUCUAUACUUCAGGAAAGCAGUUGAUUAUUAAACCUCUUCAGCCAAAUGCUAAAGUUUUGCAGUGGAAAGCCCAUGAUGGACUUAUUCUAAAAACUGACUGGAACUCAGUUAAUGAUCUUAUUCUUUCUGCAGGUGAAGAUUGUAAAUACAAGGUUUGGGACAGUUAUGGACGUUUAUUGUACAGCUCACAGCUCCAUGAGUAUCCUAUAACAUCUGUUGCCUGGGCUGUGGAUGGAGAAUUAUUUGCUGUGGGAUCUUUUCAUACUUUGCGUCUAUGCGAUAAAACUGGGUGGUCUUACACUUUAGAGAAACCAAACACUGGCAGCAUAUAUAAUAUUGCUUGGUCUAUUGAUGGCACUCAACUAGCCGGCGCAUGUGGUAAUGGACAUGUCAUUUUUGCCCAUGUUGUGGAGCAGCACUGGGAGUGGAAGAACUUUGAAAUAACUUUAAUUAAGAGGAGAACCAUGGAGGUGCACAAUGUCAUUAAUGAUGCAGUAGAUCUAUUGGAAUUUCGUGACAGAGUUAUUAAGGCCUCUUUGAACUAUGGGCAUUUGGUUGUUUCAACUUCUCUUCAGUGUUACGUGUUUUCUGUAAAGAACUGGAAUACACCACUGAUCUUUGACCUGAAGGAAGGAACAGUUAGUUUGAUUCUACAAGCAGAAAGGCAUUUUCUUCUUGUAGAUGGUGGAGGACUUUAUUUAUAUUCAUAUGAAGGAAGAUUAAUUUCCUCUCCAAAAUAUCCAGGAAUGAGAACAGACAUUUUAAAUGCCCAGACAGUAUCUCUGAGUAAUGAUACUCUAGCAGUAAAAGACAAAGCUGAUGAAAAAGUUAUCUACGUAUUUGAAGCUUUAUCUGGAAAGCCAUUGGGUGAUGGAAAGCCUCUAACCCAUAAGACAGAAAUUGUAGAGAUAGCUUUAGACCAGAAAGGACUUACAAGUGAAAGAAAAAUAGCUUUUAUUGAUAAGAACAGAGAUCUUUACAUUACUUCAGUUAAACGGUUUGGAAAAGAACAGAAGAUUGUCAAAAUAGGGACAAUGGUUCAAACUUUGGCUUGGAAUGACACAUCUAACAUUCUUUGUGGGAUUCAAGAUACGCGUUUUACAGUCUGGUACUACCCCAACACAGUCUAUGUAGAUAAAGAUCUUUUGCCAAAAACUCUGUAUGAAAAUGAGGCAAGAGAAUUUAGCAAAAAUCCCCAGAUUGUACAUUUUAUAGGAAAUCUGAUAACAAUUAGAAGAGCAGAUGGUUCACUUAUUCACCUUAAUAUUUCGCCUUAUCCUGCGAUUCUUCAUGAAUAUGUUAGUAGUUCUAAAUGGGAAGAUGCUGUUAGACUGUGUCGCUUUGCAAAGGAUCAAACUAUGUGGACAUGUUUAGCAGCUAUGGCAGUUGCCAACAAAGAGAUGGCUACAGCAGAAGUCGCCUAUGCAUCAAUUGGUAAGAUUGACAAAGUUCUGUAUAUCAAUUCCAUCAAAGAUCUGCCAUCAAAAGAAUCCAGGAUGGCUCAUAUGCUGCUCUUCAGUGGAAACAGCCAAGAAGCUGAAACCCUGCUUCUUCAGACAGGCCUUAUUUAUCAAGCUAUUCAAGUCAACAUUAAUCUUUAUAAUUGGGAUAGGGCCCUAGAACUAGCAGUAAAGCACAAGACACAUGUUGACACAGUCCUGGCUUAUCGACAAAAGUUCCUGGAGGACUUUGGUAGGAAAGAAACAAACAAAAGAUUUUUGCAAUACGCAGAAGAUCUGGAAGUUGAUUGGAAUAAAAUCAAAGCCAAAAUAGAGAUGGAAAUUGCUAAAGAAAGAGAACGAGCAGCAGCCAGUCCUGCGGUGAGAGCUAGUGUAACUGUACAGCAAUAACUGCCCUUUUGGUCACCUUCAUAAGUGCUUCUCGAAUAUAUUGUACUGGCAUAUUUUUCCAAACAUUAAAAAGCCACAGCAGAAGUUUUCUGGGGAACAGGAGUGAGAAUCAAUGUAGUUCUUGUUAACUGUUGUAAGGCAGGCAGAAUUAUUUACUUACUACAGUCUCAUUUUGAGCAGGGUUUUUGUUCUAAUGCUCUAGGGAGUAGCUAUGCUGUAGUCCACAAUACAUGUAUGAGAAAAAAGGGAAAUUGACUGUCUUUCUGUUAGUGGCUUUUAAAUUUAAUUGUCACUAAAAUUAUUUAACCUUGGUUGCCUCUAAUUUAAAUACCUAUUUUCCUUUCUAAGCACCUAGUUGAGUAGUUUGGUUAUUUCUGCAACCUCAGGGACCUCUGAAAAGACUUGUUUAAAUUGCCCCAAAACAAAUUCAGCGAGCUGUCAGUGUUGAAAAUUAAAACAGCUUGCACCUAUAAAGUACAAAAGAAUAUUUUAUUCAUGGUUGGGGUACUACAUAUUUCUGCUAGUAUGUAUGUAUGAGCAAGUUCUUUAAUAGAUCUUUUUAUUACUUCAGCAACUAAGGUUUGUCACUAGCAAGCUAUCAAUAAAUGAUAUUUUCUGAGAUAAAUUGUUUAAAAUACUAUGCAAUGUGCUUUGAAUGUUGCCUGAAGUUAACAGCCAGCAUUGUUGGUUGGUUUUGUAGUGUCCAACACAUAUAAUUGGCAGUGUUAUUGGAAGCUUCCUUAAGGUUCAUAUAUCAUACUAAUUUCAAAUAAAGAAGAGCUUUCUAUUUAUUUUUUUCUGCCCAAAGCACUUGAUUUGAAAAAACUGUUUUUACAUUUGUGUUAUUUCAUCAAGAUAUAUUUUUGAUUUACAUAUGAAAGUGGCUGCAUAUGUUAGAUGUUAUUUGCAGAAGCCCUUUGCAUUACAAAUAUGUGAGCAGGUUUUUCAUAAUUGACAUUGUAUCUUUUCAAAUGUUGCCAUCCAAAUGUUAAAUAUCUGUAUAUCUGUCAAUUUUUUUCUGGUUUGUGAAUUAUUAUGUGACACUGCUUUCAUAGUUCACAAAAUUCUUAAUAAAAACAAGUUUUUUUAAAAUAUGUAUCUAAUACAUGAUGCAUUAGGUGAUCUGCAUUGAUUUAUUUGACUGCUAAAUAAAACAACAUUUUUGAUGUAGCUCAUCCGAAGCUCUACAGUAUUCUGGUGUACUGACACAUGGCAAAGUGAACACCUUCACCUUCCAUUGACUUGCAGAAAGCAUUUACUAGUUCCAGAAUUGAGUUCAAAAUAUCACUAAUGGCAAGUGUCUAAUGUUAAAUUUAUGAUGCCUGGCUCAGAUGCAACAUAGUGCAACAAAAGCAGGUUUUGAAGACUGGUCUAGUGGUAGUACAAAGUCAGGGUUUCAGCUCAGUCUUGCUCUUUUACUCUUGGACCAGUUGGAAGUACAGCAGAGACAGCAAAUUCACUCAGCUUCUUAAAAAUGCCUGGUGCAACAACUAACUGUUGCAUAGACUGAGAUAAAACAGAGGAAUGGGUGCCACACUUACCACACUGACUGCUGUUCAGGCUGAUGUCAGUGUCAUUCACAGAAAGUGAUACAUCAGGUUCUCCAUAUCUCAGUGGUGAUGAGAAGUGCUGUAUUUGUAGGUGGUGGGAAAGAUUGUUUAGUUCCUAGGCCAAAACACAAUAAAGACCUUACAGUAUUUA